AUGUGUGGUUGCAGAGCAACACUUGAGUCUGCGGGGCCGGCGUUCAUCAAGUGGGGCCAGUGGGCUGCCACGCGGCACGACCUGUUCCCUCCCGACUUCUGCACAGCUCUCGAGCAGCUGCACACCCAGGCUAUACUAUUUGUGCAGGCGCCGGCGCACGGGCUGAAAUUCACGCGGCACGCGAUACAGCGCGCGUUUGACGCCUCCGUGGAGGAUCUGUUUGAAGAGUUCGACGCCGUUCCCGUGGCGAGUGGCAGCAUUGGGCAGGUCUACCGCGCCAUGCUCAGCGACAAAGGCGCUCGCAACACCGGGAUCGAUCCAGGCACGGUGGUGGCGGUGAAGGUGCGGCACCCGGGAGUGGGAGAGGCGAUCCAGCGCGACUUUGCGUUGAUGAUGCGCGUUGCGCGGCUGACGUCAAUGCUGCCGCUGCUGUCCCACCUGCGCCUGGAGGACACCCUCUCGCAAUUUGCCGCGCCCCUCCGAGAACAGGUUGACCUGGCGUUGGAGGCGCGGCACCUGUGGCAGUUCAACUACAACUUCCGCCACGUGCGCCACGUGCGCUUCCCCUUCCCCAUCUACCCUCUGGUGGCGCCCGAGGUCCUCGUGGAGACCUUUGAGGAGGGAGAGGGCAUCUCGCGCUACGUCGCCGACCCGGGCCGCUCCACGUUCAAGUCCAGGCUGGCCAAGCUGGGCAGUUCAAGCUUCCUGCAGAUGAUGCUCAUCGACAAUCUCAUCCAUUCGGACCUGCACCCGGGCAAUAUAUUGGUGGCGCUGGACUCUCCCCCGGUGCCGCUGCUUUCUAAGCGCGUGACUGGUGCAGGCAUGGCGACGCAUCUGUCACCGGAGGAUCAGGGCCUGAUGCUGGAGCUGUUCCAGGCAUUCUCCCGCCUGGACGGCCGCGAAAUCGGCGAGUGCACUCUCAAAUUCUCCAAGGACAACCAGACAUGCCCGGACCCGACCGCGUUCAAGGAGGAGCUGCAGCAGUACUUCACAGACAUCCAGGCGGAGCAGGCCUGGGUUGAAACCAACGGCGCCGAAGCCAUGUCCGCCGUGCUCGAGCUUGUGAACAUGCCGGGGCACAUAUGCGCGGUGGUGGUUACCACGCUGGUUCUGGAGGGCUGGAGCAGCCAGCUGGACCCCCGCCACUCCGUGCUGGAGCAGGUCAAAUACUUUCCCUUUCACCAAUAUUUUCUAUGGCUUGCAUGA